UUUACCAGUAAACUCUACAGUCUGUUCCCCUCCGUUGUUCACAUUUUCUCCGCAGUCGCACUGACGCUAUGCCUCAGAAAAAUAAUUCUGCAAACUUCACAAGUUCAUUAACAGAUUCUGACUCCGAGGAUUUACGAUAACGAGCUACAGAACGGUUCCAAUGAGGGGUGAAAUAUUUAUGCUGAUCCUUGCCACAUGGCCAUGUCUCCAGGCUCUCUUUGUUGUGGAGUCGGAGCAAAAGUCCUACGAUGGAGAAGUCCACGAUAAGGUCAUGAUGGGAUGCCGGUUUUCACACAUCCCCAGCGUUUCACGUGUAUCUGUCAUUUGGAAGCGCAUCGACCCACUACCGACUCUGGACGUCUAUCAGCUGGAUAAGGGACAUGAGAAACCCAACUUCACCAACCAGCACUACAAGUCACGGGUACGGCUCCUGAGGGAGGAACUGGAGAACUUUCGGGCCGUAAUCGAGAUCUCCCGGCUUCGUCCGAACGACUCGGGAACCUAUCAGUGCAUUGUGAUCCAGGGCGAGGGUGACUACAAGCAGACGCAGCUCAACGUCCGAGCACCAUAUACGCCGAUUAAGAAGACCUUCAGGACAAUAAGCAAAAAGGAGGUGGAGCUUUCCUGCGAGUCACAAGGCUUCCCGUUGGCUCAUGUCACUUGGAGCAACAGCAAGUUCAAUGCGCCAUAUCUGACAAACCGCUCAGAAAACAGCCAGGUUCAAAACAGCGACGGCUUCUUUGUCGUCACCAGCAGAUUAGCCGUGACAUACGACACGGACAAUUACACAUGUUCCUACGUGACCGACGAUGGCAAAACGAGCCAGAAGGCUACGUUCGUUAUCCCAGAUGAAAUUAGUGAGACGAGUAAAUGGACCGCAGGAUACGCAGCCAUUUUGGUCGUGAUGUGCGUGGGUUUAGCCUUUGCCCUGCUGUUUCUGCGAAGGAGAAAGAAAGAGCAUACGCGUCUGGAUACGUCCGCGGUCGUAUGUGAAUCUCAUGGUCAAAACGGGAGAGUGACGUCAGCUGACAAUUUACUUCCAAAAUCAGAUUCCAGAGUCGAUUCCCUUACUUUUACGUCAGAGUAGAAAACCAGCACCUCCCAGACCUGAGGAAACACCUACUUCAAGACGGGAAAUAAGGAACCAGGAAAAAAAAAAAGCAAAGACUGGUUUCCUCUUCGUGUAACUACUUUAUUUAAGACCUUUUCCUCAUCUGAGAGUUCCAGAGAGUUUCCAAGACUUCAUAGGAGCUGAAAGGGAUUUCAACUCCAAGACCCUAGAAGGAGAAGAACUGCAGAAAAUCUCAGCGACAUUCUUCUAUUAAACAGACAGUUUCCUCAUCCUGGAUGGAUAUUUGGAAGUAGGCAGGAAACUGGUCACUUCCUGCAAGAGCGAUGGUGUCACAACGUAUCCUGGAAAGCGCUGCAUUCUGCGACAGGAAGUUAAUCAAGCUUUAAACUCUGCCUCUCCGAAUCAUCUCAAUAGGUUUCGUGUCUUUACUCAAUGGAUUCAUGGAAAUGAAUUUUUUUCUCAACUCUUCUGUGCGCUAAGCUUUCUUGUACUAGCGUCACUGAUUAACUGUACCGGCUACACACAUACACACACACAUACACACUGGAUAUCUCCGCUUCACCUUCUACCGUGUGCCCAAACAUUAAACGGGAACUUAGAGCAAGUUGGAAGCGUAGAAACGACAGACCACACGCAUCAUCGUUAGUCGAUUGAUGGACUUGCUGACUUGUGACAUCAUACCAAUCUCAAUUUACCGCUGUUGUUGCGAUUCUUCGUCCCAUGUUGCACACGUGUACAAUAAACGUACCGAUACGGUACCUACAGUACAGUACCACGCCAACAAACCCGUAGCUGACUGUAUGUUAAAUUUAUAUAUUUAUUUUUUUAACUCUAAUCUUUUCUUAACCAGUUGUUUCAUGUCCUGUUUAGUCAGUUUUUGUAAUAUUUUGUACAAUAUCUUUUGUAAUAUACAUUUUUUAAAAUUCUAUACAUAUUUUAAAUCUUUUAACGGCACUUUUUUCGCUUGAAUCAAAAGUCAGAACUCUCGGAGUCUCUUGAUGUUUUUUCAUGUGUACCGAAGCAGUAUUUAUAAAUCUAGCUUUCUGUAUAAUUCUGUAUUAUAGUUUAAAUGUAUAGAAAUAGAUAUAGAUAUAGAGAUUCACACAGACACGUCUGUACUGAGCGUGAGGUUUGCAUUUCCGUUUCCUUUCUCUCGUAUUGUUGCACAGUUUCAGCCAGGAUUAAAUGACAAGCCAACUUCUCUUAGCCAAGUGAGGAAAACACUGCAUUGAAGUCUUGUACUGUUUUAUUUCUAUGAUGAAAUAUGAGAUGUUUUGUGUGUAAUAAAACGUAUGUUUGCUAUAUGUCUUUAA